GGCCAUACAACCUGCAACAGAAAACCCUCACAACCCCGGUAAACAAGACACAGCGUCAACACCAAACGAUAGGAUCUCACGGGAUUCCUGCCAGAUUCCUAGCAGAGUAACUCAAUGAAUGGAACCGUCAUUGGAAGUGGGGGAUUUCGUUUAUUUUGGGGAUUUUAAAGAAGAAAAUUAGACUGCACCAAAAAAUGCGUUUGAUAUAUUAAGGGAUUUUGGAGUGUUUUUGGUAUUACAGACAAAGCAAAUGUCAAAGAAUUGACGUCAUUUUAACCUUAGAAAGGAUAUUAAUUCCCCGGUAGACAUUUGAAGAUGACGCCAGAGGGCCCCGGAUGGAGACGUAUGCUGGCUCUCUUCGUGUUAGUGAUGGUUUAUUUGUGUGUGGGAGCUGCUAUCUUCAGCCAUAUCGAGGGCGACCCCGAGAUAGAGAGACGUCUACAGCUGGAAGCAUUCCUUAGAAACUUCCUAGGUAACCAUAGCUGCGUGCAACACGAAGACUUAAUCAGUGUUCUACGAGAAGUAGACCAAGAAUUCACGUUCGCCUUGAACACUCUUCGUAACACAACAGUAUACACUCAGUGGGAUUUCAUUGGGGCCUUCUCUUUCGUCGUCACUGUAGUGACCACCAUAGGUUAUGGUAAUUUGGCACCAAAGACGUAUUCCGGGAAGGUGGCGCUGGCGGUGUACGCUCUCCUCGGAAUUCCCAUCACACUGAUCAUGCUGAACUACCUGGGUCAACUCCUGACACGCCUCUCAACCCGGGUCAACAAAUGCAAACUGUGCUCGGCUAAACCCCUUGUAAACAAACUGCUAAACAUGGUCCUUAUUGUUGCCUUGGGUCUGACCAUGCUAUUUAUCUUGCCUGCCUUGGCUUUCAGUUACAUCGAGGAUUGGACCGUUUUAGAGGCUCUGUACUACUGUUUUGUUACUCUCAGUACUAUAGGAUUUGGAGACUAUAUAGCAGCUAUGUCGGAGAACCGCCUCGGUCACCGCGGGGCGGGAGACCUGUAUAGGAUAGUGACGUAUGUGUGGAUUCUGUUUGGAUUGGCUUACUUGUCGCUUCUGAUAAAUUAUAUCUCCAAUGUUUUCAUCAAAAAGGCUGAAGAGAUGGAAAGACUUACAAAAGAAAAAUUGGAGGCUGAAGUAUCUCGAUUACAACAAGAAUUGUCGAAAACUGGAAAAUCCGUAUAUAAAACAGCCGCAAAUGUUAAAUCCAGUGUGAAAGGGAAAAUGUGGGAAGCGCCAUCUGGCAAUGGCAUUGAACAAGAGACAGGAAACGUAACUCUACUCCGUAUAUCUCAACUGAGCGAAAGUUAGAAAAGAUAGGUCUUUUGAAAAAAAAGAUAUAUCUGUGUUCUUUGAAAUCCGUCCCAGAGAGAGAGAGAGAGAGAGAGAGAGAGAGAGAGAGAGAGAGGUGGCAUGAUCGAAUACUCUGUAAGUAAAUUUCCCUUUCAUUACAAUGUUUAUCUGUAAAGGUUGUAUCUCACUACAGAGACCACAACAAUGUUUUGUGUGCGUAUUUACAUUCAACAAUUGCAAGAGCCCAUGUGUGCCAUUAUAUACGAUCGAGCACGUUCACCUUAUUUUAUUCACACGCCAAGGAUUUUCUUGGAGAGUGAAGCAGACCUGAACAGAUGACGACAGUUAGUAAAGAUGACGUCACUUUUGAAAUGAUAAUGUCUAAAUGAUUUAGGCUACAUUCAGCCGAGCGAUGUUCCGAUUGCACCGGGGCUUGGUGACGCGACCUUUAUACAGUGUAUAUACAUGUAGAUAAUACAUGUACAACCUAAUAAGGCAGUAUGACUGUACACAUAGGGAGAAACAUACGCAUGCUCAUGCACAAAUAUAUGCUCAUCGCAAUCAGCAAUGUUUCAGAAACAACAGAAUAAAAAAAGUUCUGUAUGGUUUGUGAAAAACACAGUUUUCCAGUGUUCUUAAUAAAAGAAAAACGAUUGAUGUUA